GUGAUCUCCAGCCUAUAAAAGGGGAACCUUCAGAGUCUUGUAAACUUGACCACUGGCCUUCACAGACAUCUUCAGACACAAGGACUUGUCUCUCAGGAGGAGCCCAAGCUAAUGGGUGCCCGCCUCAGCCCUGAGGCCAAUGCUGAGGUGCCCAGCGAGGCCCUUAGUUUCCAUGGGGAUGCCACCGGCGCGCAGGUGCAUCUGGAUGACCUGCGGAGCACAGCGCACAGGCGCUCUACAUUCCACGAUGGCAUCGUGUUCAGCCAGCGGCCAGUAUGGCCCGGUGAGCGUGUUGCGCUGCGCGUGCUGCGACAAGAAAAAGGCUGGUGUGGUGGCCUCCGCGUGGGCUUCACGCGCCUCGACCCUGCACACGUGGCCGCGUCCUGCUUACCGCCCUUUGUGUGCCCCGACCUAGAGGAACAGAGUCCCACGUGGGCAGCGCUGCUUCCAGAGGGCUUCGUUCGUGCGGGGAAUGUGGUCUGCUUUUGGGUGAACCGGAGAGGCUGGCUCUACGCCAAGGUCAACGCUGGCCGCCCCCUUGUGCUGCGCAAAGACGUGCUGGUCCAGGGCGCCCCUCUCUGGGCGGUGAUGGAUGUGUACGGGACCACGAAAGCCAUUGAGCUGCUGGAUCCCAAAGCCAACGCCUGGAUCAUCAGCGGGGAGGCUGUGCCGGAGUCUGAAGUUGCAUCAGGGGAGGAGUGUGUCAUCUGCUUCCACAACACCGCCAACACCCGCCUCAUGCCCUGUGGCCACUCACACUUCUGCAGCUCCUGUGCCUGGCACAUCUUCAAAGACACGGCCAGGUGCCCCAUGUGCCGCUGGCAGAUUGAGGAGGUGGCUGUGGAAUCACUGAAGACUGGGGAAGGUUCCUGAAGAGACAGCUUCCUAGAGUGGGCGGUAGAAGGGACAUGGCUCUGAGACAGGCCCCUGCGAAAGGAAAAACCUCUGUCUGGACAUGGGUCAGCAAACGUGGUCAUAGGCCACCAUGCCUGAUCUUGGGUCAGCAAGCCUUGUUACCCAUGAGGGAGACUCAGUGACUCUUUCCCCCGAUGCAAGUUUGGGAGAGGUUGAUAUGGCAAAGAGAAAUCUCUCCAGCCGCUUUGAGAAGUCCCCAGUGUAGCAGGGACAGCCUGAGCCCUGAUGUUACAGCUGAGGGCAUGAAGGGAUGGAACGGUCUGUGUCUGGCAGAAGUACCAGAAGCAGGGACAUGUAUCGUGGUUUCCCUGCUGGUUUGUGAGACAGCAAAAUAAAGUUUGUUUUUGUAUUG